AUGAAGCACGAAAACCCUCGAUCCCCCCCCUCUGCCUACAGGGCACUGGCGCACCACCCAGCUGGGGGCCAGAUGAUGGACUCGGUAUCGUUGAUUAGGUCCUUCAACAGCGAGACAAACCCUACUCGGCCGAUGCGCCCUUCCCCGUUGACGGCAUCGACCAUUCCCGACAUGCCCCUUGACCUCCUGGAUCGCAUGAGGUCGUUUCCCCUUUUUAGUUCAGCUCCAGAGGAAUUUCUGGUCGCCAUUGGCAAACAUUUGAGGCCUCAAAUACAUUCCGCGCAUGAUCACGUGCUCCGGGAAGGCGACGAUGCCAAAGCCAUGUAUUGGUUGGUUCGAGGAGUGGUUGCCGUGACGUCUAGGGAUGGAGAGGCCGUAUUUGCCGAGCUUAAGGCCGGGUCCUUCUUCGGUGAGAUCGGUGUGCUCAUGGACAUGCCUCGAACAGCCACCAUCGUAGCGCGGACCAAAUGUCUAUUGCUUGUGCUCAAGAAAGAAGAUUUGCAGCAGGAGCUCCCAGGAUUUCCUGACAUGGAAAAAGCGAUUCGCCAUGAAGCUCAUGAGCGGCUUACUAUUUUGAAUAAGAAGCGUCAGGAAAAUGGUCAACAGCUCAAAUCGGCGAGCGGAUCGACCUUGGCGAGGGAAGCUGCGCCAGGAGAGGUUUCUACGGGAGACAAGGGCGUCAUAAAGGAAGGCGCCGUUGUGAACCAUAAAAAGAGAAAAUCGCCAAGCCCUGGUGUUAUUGACGACCCUACGUCGGGGAGCGCCCUUGGAAGUGGAAUUGUCAAUGUCAGACAAACGCUCACGGAGCUGCCACUAUUCUCAACGCUACCGCCCGACAUUCUCCACUUUCUAGGAAUGAGCGCACAGCCCAAGACGUAUCCUCCUUUCACCGACAUCGUGCGCCAGGGCGCCGCAGGUAUGGAGAUUUAUUUUAUUGUGCGUGGUGAAGCUGAGGUAAUACACGAACCUCCAAAUGACCAGAAAAACAACAAGCGCUUGACUCGUUCUUCGUAUGUGCGGCCGAGACUUAGACAGGGACAAUAUUUUGGCGAAGUUGCGAGUCUAAAGUUGUCUCGCGAGCGUACGGCGACAGUCAGAUCCGUGUCGACCGUCGAAUGUCUUAUGAUUGGUGCAGAAGCACUUGAGGAGCUUUGGCGCAGAUGUCCUUCAGACAUCCGGAAACAGGUGGAAGAGACGGCAAAGACGCGGAUUAGAUCAGCAGACGAAGACGCCGACAUGAUGGAUGUUGUUACAAUCAACAAGUCUGAACCUUCGACGCCUGUGAAAACCGCUCCGACAAUGACAUUCACAACACCUUCCAAGCCUUCGUCGCCUUCCAAAGACGAUAUGGACAUUAUAAAGCCGAAGGACCCGGACCCGUUUCUCAGUGUCGACAUGGAAAACCUUCGAACUCGACGGCGAGGGUCGCUCGCACCACCAACUCCGCCAGCGGACUCACCUGGCACGCCUACGGCAAAUGGGCUGCGACAGCGCAUGAUUGAUAUGACAAUACCAGUCAAGUUCGCAAUCCCCUUUUUCUCCCCUGAUUCCGAAGGUCCUUCUAAAAAGGCUAGGAUCCUCCCAAGAAGACCCGCACAAACCGGGAAAGCUGCACUCCCAGAUGAUAUACUCGUCGCUAUUUGGCAAUGGCUUGAUAUCGUCGAGCUUCUUCGCCUUCGGCAAGUCUCGAUGCAUUGGCGCAAACUCUUGGCCACAUCGCCGAAACUUUGCCGCGAAGUUGACCUGACGCCAUAUAAUCGUCAGCUAACGGACCAUGCGCUUGUCAACAUCAUAGCGCCGUUCGUUGGCCCACGUCCUGCAUUAGUAGACAUAAGCAACUGCUUCCAUAUUACAGAUGAAGGUUUCUCAACUCUGUGGAAGGUUUGUGGUAGAAAUAUCAAAACAUGGAAAAUGAAGUCAGUUUGGGACGUCUCUGCUAAUCAAAUUUUGGACAUGAGCGAGCACGCCAAAGGGUUAGAAGAAGUAGAUUGGAGCAACUGUCGGAAAGUGGGAGACAACCUGCUUGCUCGUGUUGUUGGCUGGGUCGUGCCAGAACAGGCGCCUCAAGGCCGGCAACAAGUUGUCAUUUCCAGCUCCCGGGGCAGGGGCCAGAAGCCCCAAACGCAGACAAUCACUUUACCUCCGCCCGGAACAGUUAUUGGUUGCCCCAAACUCAGGCGACUCAACCUUUCGUAUUGCAAACAUAUCACAGACCGCUCAAUGGCUCACCUGGCCGCUCACGCUUCAAAUCGCAUUGAGUCACUUUCGCUGACUCGUUGCACUUCAAUCACCGACGCUGGAUUCCAGUCAUGGACCCCAUUCCGAUUCAACAACUUAACUCAUUUAUGUUUGGCAGAUUGCACAUAUCUCUCCGAUAACGCCAUUGUGGCAUUGGCAAAUUCUGCAAAAUCUCUAACCCAUCUUGAUCUGUCAUUUUGCUGUGCUUUAUCCGACACAGCUACGGAAGUUGUGGCACUUGGGCUUCCUAUGUUGCAAGAGCUCAAGAUGGCUUUUUGUGGUAGCGCUGUCAGUGAUAACAGCCUUGCUUGUAUUGCGCUCCAUCUGAACGAUCUGGAGCGACUUAGCGUUAGGGGCUGUGUGCGCGUUACUGCUGUGGGCGCCGAAAGCGUGUUGGACGGCUGCUCACGCUUGACAUGGUUAGACGUGAGCCAGUGUCGCAAUCUUGAAAGUUGGGUCAACGGCGGAGGUGUUGGUAGAUGGGGCUACGAUGAGCGUGCGAACCGUGGAAAAGAACCACAAAGCAUCAGUGAGAUGGAGAAGUCAUGGGUCGCGCAAAGCCCGCCGAUGAUGAAGCGUAUGAGCUUGAUACCACCGCGAAAUAUGAACAUAGGAUACAGCAACAGGCGAGCCAGAAGACCGGUGGCGUUUGUGGUUGAGAAAGGGCCGGGCGAGCUGCGAUAG